GCGAUAUAGUCGCCGACGGGUCGUUCCAGGUCAUUCCCAUAACAAUCCUAAAGAGGAAAUAAGAUUGGGAUUAAUGAGUUGGGUAGGUCCCUCAAUCGUGGGACGCGAUGUGCCGCAAAAGCCAGAUUGAAAUCCGCGCGACACGACGCAGGGAAACCCUGUGAAGCCAUGCCUCACGGCUUGCAUCCCGAGUGAAAUAGAUACGUGUUAUCUUCUGCGCUUCAGGGGGUACUAUACAUUUGAAAAGAAGGGGCGUGUGGAACGUGCCAGACAAUAGGAGACCGCACCAUCUACUGAGGGGAUGGAAAAACUGGUUAAGACGGUGUACAAUUAGACAUAUGGACGUCUGAAGUACCUGGACAGCGGCUAUGAAUAUUUUACAACACAAAUAUCCGAAAUAUACCGAAGCGACGAUCAUCACGUAUGGCGACAGAGGAAAAACAGCGGCACACUCUGCAUUCCACGCCGCUUUGAAGCCAGCCUCGUGCUAGAACACAGAACGCAUAUGCCUCCUGCACCUGCAAAUCUUCUACAACGAUGGUGGAAAAACCCCUUGCCCCAUGCUUUUGUUCCGAACUGGUUUGCUUGAAGUUGCCGGAAACUAGACAUCACCGUAAAGUAAACCACUCACACAACGUCCUGUCGGCAAUUAAACAUCGACAGAUAUAACAAAAGCAGACUAUCUGAGGGCAACCAGCUUCAACACCGAGUCUCAGCAACAGGGAAGUAACAACAGAUACGGUGACGGGCGAAGUGCUUCCAAUACUGUAGUCUUCCAAUAUUGAACGGGGAGGCGGACCGGUAGAGCCGGUCAUCCUUACUGCUCGUGUGGAAGCUGCAUCAGCCUGAGUUUAUCCUUGCCAGUCUCUACGUCCUUGCCAUUCUCUAAACUGGAUACCCUUUGAUCAGGUUUUGGAUAAUUCGUUUGGUAUACCGGCGGGUUACUCGCAGUAAUUCAAUACUAAUGUGGGAACGCACCUUACAAGAUCUCAUCCGAGGUCUACGAGCCAAUAAACAAGAUGAAGCGAAAUUCAUUGCUCAAGCACUGGACGAAAUACGAAAUGAAGUUAGGAGUAAAGAUAUGGAGCUGAAGGCAGCAGCAGUGCUGAAGUUGACAUACCUAGAUAUGUUGGGCUAUGAUAUGAGUUGGGCAUCUUUUAAUGUCGUUGAGGUCAUGUCAUCAAGCAAAAGUCACCUGAAAAGUGUCGGGUACUUGGCUGCAACGCAAUCAUUCAACGAGGACACGGAUGUCCUCAUGCUGACCACGAAUCUACUGAAGAAGGACUUUACAUCAAAACCUGAUGACGUUGCCGUAUCACUGAACGGAUUCUCUCAUAUUGUUACUCCCGACUUGGCGCGAGACCUUGCGCCAGAUGUAAUCAAGCUACUGAGUCAUUCACGACCACAAAUACGCAAACGUGCUGUAGCCGCGCUGUACAAGGUGUUCACCAAGUAUCCUGAAGUCAUUGGUCAUGCGAUGGGCAGAGUGAGGGAACGAUUGGAAGACCCUGAUCCUGGUGUGGUUGCCACCACCAUUAAUGUACUGUGCGAACUUGCGAGGCACAAUGCGCAUGACUAUCUUCCCCUUGCACCUCAAUUAUUCCAUCUCCUCACCACGUCUUCCAACAAUUGGAUGUUGAUCAAGAUUGUGAAGCUGUUUGGAUACCUUACUCCUAAUGAGCCUCGACUGGUGAAAAAGCUCCAGCCACCAAUCACGGAGCUAAUUUCGACUACGCCAGCUAUCUCACUUUUGUACGAGUGCGUGAGGACUUGUAUCAUUGGAGGCAUGCUUCAAGGCCUUGCCGGUAACUCUCUUGCCCGGACGUGUGUUACUAAACUGGCGACAUUCUUGGAGGAUGAGGACCAGAAUUUGAAGUAUAUUGCCUUGAUGGCGAUGGUUAGGAUAGUGCCUUCACACCCUCAUCUCGUCGCGGAAUACCAGGACAUGAUACUUGCCAGCGUCGACGACCAGGAUAUCAGCAUCCGCAUGAGGGCACUUGAUUUGGUAACUACCAUGGCGAAUAGUCACAAUCUGCAACCCAUUGUGCAGCAGCUGCUUUCCCACUUGGUCAAGAAUGAGUCAAGUACCUUACCAUCCGCAGUUCAAUCAUUGGCACAACACGGCACCCAAAUUACCUCCAAAUCAAUUGUUUCACCCUCUCAGAGUCCGGCUUAUCGCCUGACCCUGUCACAACGAAUAUUAUCUCUAUGCUCCCAGAAUACAUACGAGAACGUUGUGGAUUUUGAGUGGUAUCUCUCGGUCCUCGUUGACCUGGCUUACGUUGCCUCAGUGGACAUCGGAGCACAGAUACGCGAUCAGCUGGUCGACGUCACCGCCCGUGUCAGAGGCGCACGGAGGUUUGCUGUUUCCCUUAUGGUCAAGUUACUCUGCGACGACUCUUUCCUUAACAAUGCCGGAGAACCAGGGAGCUGUUCCGAAGUGCUUUGGGCAGCAGCAUGGAUAUGUGGAGAGUACUGCGGAGAGCUUGUUGAGCCGCACAAAUUGCUAACCUAUCUGCUUCAAUCUCGGGUACUGAAUUUAGAUCCCGAGACUAUCGCAGUGUAUUUGCAAGCAGCUCUCAAGAUAUUUGGCGUCUGGACCGCGGAAUUAGCUGAUAGAUGGGACAACGACGAUCUCCCAAAAGUGAGGCAAAUGGUAGACACCAUUAUCGAUCGCAUUAGCGACUUUGUGUCGAAUCAAGACAUUGAAGUCCAGGAGAGAGCAGCCAAUAUGCUCCAAUUGUUCACCUUCGUGCGUGCAGACCUGACGGCCUUCCGCCCUCACGUCAAUAGCAGUUAUCCCUUCGAUGACGUCGCAGCGGAUUCCUUCCAAGACGUAAUCUCGGAGCCGCGAUUCCCCAAGAGCCUAUAUCUCAUCCGUCCGCUGUCAAGCACGUAUGAACUUAAUACAGUGGCAACGAACGCUCAAGCUCUGGUGCCGGUGCCAGAAGGCUUGGACCUCGAUGCAUGGAUCGUUCCUCCUCCUCGGGAUGAACUUGGCGCACUGAACGCUGAAGGCGGGGAUGAAAAAGGACCGACUGUCAAAAAGGUCAAGAAGGGCAAGCGGAAAGAGACCGGUGGAGCUAAAGUGAAGACUAAGAAGAGAAGAGAUUACCCCUCGUCCGGGGAUAUUGUACAAUCGGCGCCUGAGGCUGAAACAGAGGAAGAGAGGGUUGCUCGGGAAAGAUUGAAAGCCGAACGUAUGGAAAGGUUGAAGGACGAUCCGUUCUAUCUCGUUGAUGAUCGGCCUCCCAGGGCCAUACCGCCAGACGUUGACUCAAUACCCAUAGUCAGAUUGGAUGACCUUCCUCCCUUGUCACAAGCAGCGCCAGACUCUCGUCUUCUGAGUCUCAAGAACCCGAGCCCAGGAGGAAGCCGGCAGACAUUUGUCAUUGAUAAGGUUGGAGAGAUGCCUGAAGGUGCUACACCGAGUCCACCGAUAGCGAGGGAAUCAUCACCAUCGUUUGGGAAUGGUGUCGCCACAUCGACACCACUAUCAAGUUUUCCGCCUUACGAAGUUGAAGACGAGAUCUCAAGGACAGGUACACCGCCUCCAAUAAAGGUUACCAGGGCAAAGAAGAAGACGAAAGCAGUCUCGAGCGGCGGAAAGAAGAAACGGACCGUUACAAGUGACAUUGCUACCUAAUGACACAAUUCUAUCAGUCUCGUUACUACUGGUAUUAUUUCGAUAGCCGUAUGGUAUAUGCAACGAUAGGGAAUGAACUGCUAUGAAAAGAACAAGACAGAAAGAUAUGGUGAUACAUGCUAC